UUCUAACAGCUCCUCUGACGCGUGGGGAGGCACAGGGGGCCCGAAGAGCCAGGGCUGACGCGACACGCGCUCAGCUGCAGGACCGCGGCGGACCCCGAACCAACAGGCCCGGCCGGCCGCGCCCACCAGGCCCUGGGGGCGGAGCUGGCGCGACUGACAGUUCCGCUCGAGCUCGGCCGGCAGCCGCGUCGGCCAGUCGUCCCGUCGCCGCUGUUUCCCCACGGGAAGCCGGAGAAGGAGUCGUCCGGGAAAGAACGUCGGCUAGCCGCCCUUCUCUGCAACUCUCAAAACCGCGCCAUGCUCGCCCUCCGCAGCGUCCUGGCGAGGGCUCUGGCCGCGCGGCCGCCCGCGCCUCAAGUUCAGGUAUGUUCGUCUUUUGCUACAGGGCCCCGACAGUACGAUGGAACAUUCUAUGAAUUUCGUACUUACUGCCUUAAACCCUCAAAAAUGAAUGAGUUUCAGGAAAAUAUUAAGAAAAACAUUCAUCUCCGGACUGCUCACUCUGAGUUGGUUGGAUAUUGGAGUCAAGAAUUUGGAGGCAGAAUGAAUAAAGUGCUUCAUAUUUGGAAGUAUGAUAAUUUUGCUCAUCGAACUGAAGUUCGGAAAGCCGUGGCCAAAGAUAAGGAAUGGCAAGAACAAUUCCUAAUUCCAAAUUUGCCGCUUAUUGAUAAACAAGAAUGUGAGAUUAAUUAUCUGGUACCAUGGUGCAAAAUAGAAAAGCCUCCAAAAGAAGGAGUCUAUGAACUGGUUACUUUUCAGAUGAAACCUGGUGGACCAGCUGUAUGGGGUGAUGCUUUUCAAAAGGCAGUUAAAGUCCAUGUCGCUCUAGGGUACGCAAAACUGAUUGGAGUCUUCCACUCGGAAUAUGGUGUACUCAACAGAGCAGUGCCAUGUUCUUUAGGAUCUGUUUGGUUUAUUUCUGUAGUUCAUGUUCUUUGGUGGAAUGAGAGUCUGGAUAGUCGUGCAGCUGGGAGACAUCAGGCUCAUGAGGAUCCCAGAGUGGUGGCAGCUGUUCGGGAAAGUGCCAACUUCCUAGUAUCCCAGCAGAAUAUGCAUCUGAUUCCUGCAUCUUUUUCACCAUUGAAAUAGUUUUCCGCUGAAAUAAGAGGCAUUUCAUUAACUGCUUUAAUGUGUAUUUGCUAAUGGUGCUUAAUUUCUCCAGGAGGUUCUCACUCUUCUUUGAAGGCAGUGGUAAGUUAAUUAGCUGUGUUCCUUACUUAACUGGGGAAUGGUACCUCUGUCCUGUGUCACCUUUAUUUCAGGAAAUAGUCUGCUCAUUUCCCCCAUGGCAUUUUGGUAUCUCUUAGAUAUUAGAAAUAGCUGCUACAACUUCAUGAUGUUCCUUUUUUUCUUUUGUUUCUAAAUCUGUAUUUUGACAACCCUUUGCUUUAUAGCAUUUUCUUAUAUUCAAGUGAUGGUGUUAAAUUUUUGUGCCUGUGACAAUAUUUUUAAAUUAUUUAUAUACAAUAGCUACCUUUUUAUCAUGUGUUUUCCUGAGAUUUUUAAAGUUUAUUUUUGCCCAGUAAAGAAUGGAUUCUUAAAAAUAUUAGAUCAAACAUAUUUCUUUACUUUAGAAUACAGUCUCAUCUGUCAUCUGUAUUAAUUAUGGUUUUCAUGUUAAUUAUUAGUCUAAGUUGGAAAAUAAUAUAAUUAGGUCUCAGUAGUAAAAAAAAAAGUUAAUUUCUGAAGACUUUUUGAUUAGUAUGCUCAAAUGUAUUCAUUUGUAAUUAAUUUUACUAAUUUUUGCUUCAUUUUGGAUCACUGUUUUGUAGAGAUAUCUGGGCUGUCUAUUCAUUUUAAAGAGAUAUGGUUAUAGAAAUGCUUGCCCUAAUAAAAGUCUGC